CUGGGAGGCUCCAUUCUGAAGUUUCUCUUGCUCACACUGCUGUUGAGAUUGAGGAGCGAAGCUCACGCAGCUCUGCAUUCAAUUACUGACAAUUCAAAGGCGCACGUCGAGAACACCAUCUAUCCCGAUUUAGAACGACUUGGAGAGGGGAUGUCCAUGCCUUUCUUGUGGUGAAGGAGAAAACACAUUGCUUAAUUUACCCAGGAAUAGACGUAGAGGAAGGCAGCCCUUCUGGAGUGGAGUGCUUUGUUUUGAAACACAGUAGAGGCGACGGUGGGUAUUCUCCAGUUUACAGUUACGAUCAGCCAUCGAAACUUCUGCUUCAAGAAUCUGUUUUCAAUGAGGAUGGCUUCUGAACUGAAAACGUAAUUAACCAUAUAAGGCUGGAGAUAUCACAGUUGACAUGUUACUGUAGGAAAGAAAGUGGUGACCCUGUUGUGCGCAUUCUGGUUUAUCCCAAAGAAAGCAAGUAGCCUAUAUGGUUACGCGCACGUUGUGCUUUGUGAGAAGAGGACUUCAACCAAACGAAAAUGGCCCGGAUUAUUCUUUGUGCUUUGAUACUAGUUUUGGCUGAAUUUAAUUAAAACAUAACUGUAGGCCUAUUGAACAUCCGUGGAAUUGACCACACCGUCCAAAUGCUUGAAUGGCUCGUUGCUUUGUGUAUUGGGAUUCUGGUGGCCGUCAUUUGGCCAGCUUCGAAAUAUUUUGGUACCCAGGGCGAGCCAGACGCACUCCUCCAGGGGCUCGGAAUUUCACAGCGGCAGACGAAGGAGAUGGUCUCAGAGAGGUGCGUCUCAGACCGGGGGGUCCCGGUGGACCGUGCUAAUGCCCAGACAUCGGACAGGGCAGGUGAGAAUAAAGUCCCCGAUGUUGCUCUGAUAUGCAAACCCUCGGCGCUGGCCAACUAUCUCUUCAAACACUGCAGGACUUUCAGCAAUUUCACAGCGUGCACUGGAUGGACUUGGCGGGCGAGUGCGUUUCUUCAGACAUUCUACGGCGCGUGCUGGCCGUACGAGAGCCCGGCGUAUUUCGUGCGGGACUACCUGCAGUUGAGCGACGACGGUCUGGUGGCGCUGGACUGGGCAGUGUCGAUGGCCGGUGCGUCGUACCAGAAACGGAGGAGAACCUCGAGUAAUUCCACGAGCCCCAUCCUCCUCAUCAUUCCCAACUCGUUUGGGAAAAUCACUAGAAAUGUGCUGAAGCUCUGUGAGGUGGCGUUGUCCCACGGCUACCUCCCUGUGGUGUUUAACCGGCGCAGCCACAACGCCACCCCCCUCAGCACCGUCAAGCUGCAGCAGUUUGGCGACCCAGGGGACCUACGCGAGGCCGUGCGCUACAUACGCUACAGGCAGCCCGUGAGCCGGCUGUACGCGGUGAGCGAGAGCACCGGGUCCGGCCUCCUCCUCUCCUACCUGGGAGAGUGUGGUUCAUCCAGCUACGUGACGGCCGCCGCCUGCCUCUCGCCAGUGUUCCGCUGCCAGAGCUGGUUUGAGAAAGGACCCAUCUGGCCCCUACACUGGGCUCUGGUGACUUACCAGAAGAUAUGCCUCAACAGGUACAGGACAGUGCUGGGUGAGACAGUGCACACCGAUGCCCUUUUCUCAAGCUGUUCCAUGCGUGGCCUGGAGGAGGUGCUGUUCUGCCAGCAGCCAGGCCCUAAAGGAGCCCCGGCCCUAGCAGCGGGCACCAGCAGCAGCAGUGGUGGAGCCUGGGAGGCCUACUGGGAACGCAAUGAACCCCUCCGGGAUGUAGACGAAGUCGCCAUCCCUGUUCUGAGUGUCUGUGCUCAGGAUGACCCUAUCAGAGGAGACCCCCAGUCUACCCUACCCCUGGAACUCUUCGAGAGCAACCCCCACUUCUUCCUGCUGCUAACCACCAGGGGGGGACACUGUGGCUUUAACACCCAGGAAGGGAGUGCUUUCUCUGGGGGUGGGACCUUUGGAGGGACACCUGGGACUAGCUGGAGCCACCGGGCCCUGCUGGAGUUCUUUAGGGCCACCACAGACUUCAUUGCGGCAGAGGAGAGGGCUAAGCAGGCUGCCAGACGGAGGGGCCUGGGGGGUAGCAGCCAGGGCAAAGUCUUCAGACAUCGUAGUGUCAGUAGCUGUAAGAGGCUGCCCGCAUGCUCACAUAAUAUACACACUAUCUACAACUGGCAGAGGUCUUAUACACGAUGAGCUGGGUUGAUGAUAUUGGAUAUUAUGGAUGAUAAGGGAUUUAUAUUAUGGAUGAUAAGGGAUUGAUAUUAUGGAUGAUAAGGGAUUUAUAUUAUGGAUGAUAAGAUAUUUAUAUUAUGGAUGAUAAGGGAUUGAUAUUAUUGAUGAUAAGGGAUUUAUAUUAUGGAUAAUAAGGAAUUUAUAUUAUGGAUGAUAAGGGAUUUAUAUUAUGGAUGAUAAAGUAUUUAUAUUAUGGAUGAUAAGGGAUUUAUAUUAUGGAUGAUAAGGGAUUUAUAUUAUGGAUGAUAAGGGAUUUAUAUUAUGGAUGAUAAGGGAUUUAUAUUAUGGAUGAUAAGGGAUUUAUAUUAUGGAUAUAUUUAUAUUAUGGAUAUAUUAUGGAUGUAUUUAUAUUAUGGAUGAUAAGGGAUUUAUAUUAUGGAUGAUAAGGAAUUUAUAUUAUGGAUGAUAAGGGAUUUAUAUUAUGGAUGAUAAGGGAUUUAUAUUAUGGAUGAUAAGGGAUUUAUAUUACGGAUGAUAAGGGAUUUAUAUUACGGAUGAUAAGGGAUUUAUAUUACGGAUGAUAAGGGAUUUAUAUUAUGGAUGAUAAGGGAUUUAUAUUACGGAUGAUAAGAAAUUUAUAUUAUGGAUGAUAAGGAAUAUAUAUUAUGGAUGAUAAGGGAUUGUAUCUGCAGCACCAGAAAGCUUUGCAUUUAACGGGCUGAAUAUUAAUCUGUGUGCAGCAGUCACCUGGGUAAUUGAUGGAACAUGGUUUCAUUAACACACACACACACACAUACACACACACACACACACACACACACACUCUCUCUCAGAAUUUAAGGAUGGACACUCCAAAACACACUACGUGUAAAUAGAAAAGCCUGUCCAAAAAUUCCCGUCUGGACACUGGACUGCCAAUAUUUCUCUGAUGAGAUAAUCAGAUUCAAGGGGAAACUAUGUGUAAUGAUAUGGUGAUGUUCUGGUGAACUGGGUGGAACCGGUUGGGUUUGUGGCUUUUCACACAUGUUGUAAUUCAAACUCUGACUGGGGUUCAUUGAAUGUAGCUGCAAUCUGCAACUUUGAAUUGGCGCUGUUAGUGACAUGAUGAUUUUCCUGUAGUUUUCUAAACAAUGUUAAACUUGUGUUAAAUGUGUUAAAUGAUCUGAAUCAUUGGGAAGGAACGAUGUAAUAAAAGAAAAAGAGGAGGGAACGUAUCA